CCAUCUUGAAGGUUUAUAAGUAUCAGCGAGAGCGGCAGGUGCGCCUCAGGAGGACAGGUGCGUCGUCUCUACAGGCUCGGCGAAGGAUCUCCAAGAUGUGCGAUAAGAAUUCGUCAGCCCUCGUAGGGCUCAUUAUCUUUGGGAAUGUCGUCAUUAUGCUGUCCGGAUUGGCGCUAUUCGCAGAGACGAUUUGGGCAACCACGGACCCCUACAAGGUUUACCCUAUACUAGGCGUGACCGGGAAGGACGACGUGUUUGCUGGCGGUUGGAUCGCCAUCUUCUGCGGUUUCUCCUUCUUUCUCCUGGCCAUUUACGGCAUAGUGUCCGUACUGAGGGGCAGCAAGACCAUGCUCAUGGUGUAUCUGGUCAUGAUGAUGAUCGUCUACAUCUUUGAAUGUGCCUCCUGUAUAACUUCCUUCACCCAUCGAGACUAUAUGAUAAACUCCAACGUUAUUAAACAACAAAUGUUGAGUUACUACAUUAAAAAUGAUUCCCAGGGCAGGGAAAUCACAGCGGUGUGGAACAGAAUCAUGGUGGAGAAAAGCUGCUGUGGCGUUGACGGUCCGGAAGACUGGAUCACCUACGGGUCCGCUUUCCGUGGCGUUUACGACGAGGCUGAGGCUCCGUGGCCCUUUUUGUGCUGUAAACGGGACUCCAACUUUGUUAUUGUGAACGAGGCCGGGUGCCGCGUCGGUCAUAAAGAUCACAUAAACUCGCAGGGCUGUUUUGACCACAUUUCACACGCCAUUAACAGCUACACGUGGGGAAUCUCUUGGUUCGGAUUUGCUAUUCUCAUGUGGACGAUGCUGAUUAUGAUGGCGACGAUGUAUCACUACACCACCCUGAGCUGAAUCUAGGCGCUGCCGCGCGAGGAUGCUUAACCGGGAGAAAUGAUCGAUCUGGAAACAUCUGGAACUUUCCUGUACCAAGAGCAGAUUUUUUAUUUUUCAGUAUUUUUUUGCUUUAAUGACGUUUGCUCAUAAGAGUGGAAAGAAACGAAGUGCGUUGGUAUAAUAAACAUUGUAUUACAGCAAAGGCUUUCACUUGCGUGACAUUGAAAGCAUGUACACCCUUUAUGUUCUGCCAGUUUUUGUAUUGUAAAGGCCCCUCUUUUACUAUCUUUUUUAUUUUUUACAAUGUUUGCCUAUAAUAGACUGUAAAUAAUGAUUUAUUUCACAUUUCGUAGUUUAGCCUUUUGUCAAACACCUUGUAUCAGGAAUUCACUCAUCCCACUCUGUUUGCUCGGCCACAAACUUUGGGAGCUUAAAAAAAAAGAUGAUAUAUAACUUGUUUUGUGUAUGUUUAUGAACAAUAAAAUAAGUAACUGCGAAUGAGACUCUCGCCAUUGGUAGACGAAGCUGGAAUCUUAUAUACAUUCAUGUAGAGUUAAAAUAAUCAAUAAACCGUUUUUAUUUUA